GUUCCAACCUCCUCCAACUCCCUAAAAGGCCAAACUAUAUGUCAAAAAGUCAAGGAUAAUAUAUAUAUAAAGACCACAACCUCAGAGAAAACAAGGACAAGUUAAAAGAAUCUCAAAUACUACUUUGAAGAGCAUAAAGUUAAACUGAGGCCAUGGCCUUGGUAGUAGAGAGAGCUAUGGUUUUGUUGAUGGUGAUGGCAGUGGCAUAUGGAGCUGUCUACAAGGUUGGGGACUCUGCUGGUUGGACUACCCUUGGCAACAUAGACUACAGAAAGUGGUCUGCUCCCAAGAACUUCCAAAUUGGUGACACUAUCAGUAAGUCUUUAACAACAUUCACAACUGGCAAUGACACUAUUAAGAUAACCAAUUAUGGUCACCACUUCUUCUUCUGUGGAGUCCCUGGUCACUGCCAAGCAGGCCAGAAGGUUGAUAUUAACGUGCUCAGGGUCUCCGCGGGUGCGCCUGAACCCUCAGCUUUGGCCUCCCCUGCAGUCUCUACCGGUGGUAGUGUACCAGCACCUUCCCCUAGCAAUGCUGAUGCCCCAUUCAUUGCUCUAAAGGGACCAUUUGGAAUCAUCACGGGUUUGGGCAUGGCACUCUUUGCACUUGCUUAACAAGGAAUAGUGUUCUUUAGCUUUGGAUUGUGGGACUUUUUGGAGUCUCUAUAAUUCCUUUGCCUAGAUCCUAGGCACGUUUAUACCUUUUUGAAUGACAAUGAAAAUAUAUAUAGUAGCUAAUUAGCCAUGUUAAAUACAAUGUAUUUUCCCUUUACAUGUAGCUUGAAAUAAACAAAGGUAUUGUGAACAUCUGAAGUUUCUCCCUUAUAACACAAGUACACAACUUUUUAUC